AUGCCACUUCCGCGCCGCAUUAAGACUCGUGUACUACAUAUUGGGCAGUCAUUCGGUCCCCGAUAACGCCAGCGGCGAUGACACAUUUCCUCUUAUCUCGGAGAUACCGCGCCGCGGGAAAUCGAUAAAACCGAUCUGUUCGGCCCCCACUGACGUUUGUCACUGGGCGGGAGUGUCUCCCGCUUGUCGCGCGUUGUCCAAUUCUAUGUAUAUAAAUGACAUAUCCGGAUGACGUAUCCUAACCUUCGAGCUGACUCUCGGUGGCUGACAAUGAACCAAUUGAGCUCGAUGACGGAGGCGAAGAAACUUGACCCUAAAUUUCGUCUAUAUAUUGACAGAAGAUUCCUGAAAAUAUCUUGAAAGAGAAAGAAGAGAGAGAAUCAGAGGACGCACAAUAUAUAUAUUAUAUUGACAACGUGUCACUGACCUUUUACCGCGUUUCUCAGGUAUCUCGAGGGUCUCUUUCUCUCUCAGGGACAGAUUUUUCACGCUCGAUUCCACGUAACUCGAGGAGAGGUUUAACGGAUGCUUGCGUGUAUUUUAACAAACGUAACGGUACUUGAAACGACCGGAUCUUCUCGCGAUAAAGUACAUAUUCUCACGUAUUAUUGGCUCGACGAAGAUACGAAAAUCAACGGUUAGAGAGGAGACGAGGAAGUUAAUUAUUACACAGUGGAAUCUCAAUAACGCGGUUCAGGAUUCUGAACGUAAUAACGAGGUUGCUUUUACUCUCAAUCCAUAAAACUCAGGGUCGUGAGUAUAUCGUUUAUUCAUAUACAUAUUAUUUUUUAAUAAAUACAGGAAAACAGACACACGGUUGCUCCUACUCACGCUGCUCACGUACGUCUAGCAUAUGUGUGGAAGGGAUACAUUAUUGUGCAUUAUUUAUGGUUAAUUAUAUACGCUUUAAUUAUAUACACAAUCCUAUAAAAAUUAUAAUGACCUAAAUAAUAGAGUCUAGAUUAAAUAGGACCUGAGAAUUACAGAAGAAUUUUCAGCUUUAUUCGGAUAACAAUUAUCUUCUCUCUUGCGGAUGCAGGAUAUGUAUUCGAGACAAUUCAAGGUUUUACAUAUGCAACAUACACACAUAUAAAUAUUAUUACGCAGCUAGUUUAUACUAAGAAUAUACUCGUCUAAUCGAGACAAGAGCUACGACAUUCAUCAUUUCCUGAAGUAGCUUGGAGCAUUAUUACAUUACACACACUGACUCAUCGGAAAUUCGCUAUAAUGACGUUACAAAAAGAAAGAGAGAGAUACCUGCUCAUCUUUGCACGCAAAAAGUAUGAAAAAAAUUUGCCUAUGUCACGAUGACAUAUUUAUUUAUAUGAUAUAUGAGAAAAUGCAACAAUUAAACUUUUCAAUAGGAAAAAUGAGAAAAAGAGUUUUUGCAUUCAACAAACAUCUCAAAUUUCGCGGUUAUUUGCUUUAUAUAUGUCAGCGCUGAGGUUACCUAGCAACCGACCAAUAAACAAACGUCCUGGGCUCACUUCACUCACUUCACGAUCAGCUGUCAUUCAGCGUGCUGAUUUUAUUUUGCAAUAAUCAAAACGGUUUCAUUAUUAUAUAAUAUCACACAACAAUCUAAGAAUGUCGAACAAAGGGGAAAAAAUGAAAAUAGCUGCGAGUUACAGAGUGAACGAACCGAUACAUAAUUUAAAGAUAAGAGUGCGAGUCGCGCAGCAGAGAUCUCCGUUGGCGGAGCUGUUAGCCGAGGAGUCCAAGGGCGGCGAGACCAGAGACUCUAAUUUCUUGGAGAACGAGGAUCGUAUUUUUAACUGGCAAGAGAAGGUAUUCGGUCCAUUCGAGAUAGAUUUCUAUGGAGACGAGAAGAAUUGUCUGACUGAUUGUCAGCGAGAGUAUCAUCAACGUAUCAGCAACGAGCAGCUGGAGGGUACCCGAUUAUACUCCUAUACUGAAAACGACUCCUAUUACCCCGAUGAUGAUCUUUUGACAACGCCUUAUAGGUCAUAUUUGUCGCUGAAGAAUCAAACCGCACUGCCUACUCUGCAGAAUCGUAAGCCCUUUCAGGAGCGAUACAAUAAGAGAGUGCUGGACGACAGAUCCACGGAUGCCAGGAUCCGAUCAAGCCAUUAUCUCUACACCGAACGUAUUAGCAUGUAUAUUAUGGCCGAUCUGUCUCACAAAGACGAGCCCGCGACCAGCGGAUCGGCGGACUCGGAGACGCUGCUCUGUUCGGUGACUUACGACAAGGCGCGCAAACUGCUGAUGAUUAGUCCCGAUUUCACGAUCGACGACGAGCGACAUUACGGUAUCAUCAACGGCCAUGGCGUCAAAUUCAAUUAUUGGAUCGAGCACGUUUCCGCGGGACCGACGUCGAUGGAACUGCAGGAGCAACGUGAAGCUACGCGGCGUGAGAUACAACAACAGCAAUCUUAUAAAGAAGUUGAACUAUACAAGGAACUACAAUUGCCAUCGGCGAAUUUAUCCACGCUAUUUUUAAGCUUGGACAUUGUGUCAGCUCAUGGCUUCUCGUAUGACGGAUUGUUUAUUACCUAUUUUAUCGAUUUGCCGCAACAUUGGACUACAAAACAGAAAGAGAGAUUAUUCGGAAGAACGCAAAGAUGUCGUCUAGAAAAUAAAUCGGCGCAUUUUAGUUAUUGUACCGAUAUAUCUUUGCAUUAUCCGUCGCACGAAUCUCAACAAUUAAAUGACAAUACAUCGACAAUAAAAUGGCCUCGUUUAUUAUUCUCCGUGGCAUCUCUAGAUAGUUGGACCAGGUAUCGAAUAGAAGGCUACGCAGCGUUACCAAUACCAAUGACACCUGGUAUAUAUAAAUUUACAAUUCCUACAUGGCGUGCAAAAGAUAAUAUCAUCGACGCAUUGAGACGAUUUUUCAUUGGUGGGUCUUACGAGCUCGAAGAUAUAACAUAUUGCAGUAUUCCAAUGGCGCAUGAGGGUAAAGUUUUAGACAAAUCAAAUUUAAGAAUUGUAUCAAGUGGAGACAUUAAAAUUAAUAUGAAUAUUGUCAAUCAAAAUGGUACACGCACGACACAUUUUAAUUUUGAAAGCGGUAGAGUAAACACGGAUGCGCUUAUCAAUAAUGUUGAAAAUGUUCUUGAACAAUUCAAAGCGGCUAAGGAACGCAUGAUACGAAUAAGAACGAUUAAUUCCUAGAUAUAAAUUACUCCAAAUAAUAUGACAAUUAAAAAAGACUGAUUA